AUGCGUUCAUCAUUGUUGUUGGCUGGUAUCUACCUGCUCGCUGCCACCGUCUCCGGUGCAGUAGAGCCUGAGAAGAGGGACGAUGUCAGUGGUUUGAGCGAUGUGCUUUCUGCUUCGCCGACAGCCGCUACAACGGCUGCUGCUUCUGCCACCGAUAGCGCUCCAUCUUCCUCGAGUUCCCAGUCAGAGCAGACCACCGCUGCUGCCACAACUUCUGCGGAUCCAACUCCCUCAACCAGUGAAGCUCCAACAUCCACCAUAUCAACCUCUUCAUCCUCCUCCUCCUCCUCCUCCUCCUCUUCGUCCUCUACUACGUCUUCCACUUCGGAAAGAUCGACAUCAACUUCGACCACGUCUUCAUCGUCGUUGUCCUCUACUUCGACGUCAGAAGCCCCCACUUCUACAUCAGAUACUGCACAAACCCACCGCAGCACGACAUCUGAACCGACGUCGACUACCAGUUCUCAAUCCACUUCCACCAGUCAGUCGGAAAUUCUAAUUACCACCACGGCAACCAUCAGUGGCACUGUAGUGGCACAAACUUUGACCUCCAGCGCAACCUCAUCUUCUGCAUCUAGCACUUCGUCCCCUGGUCUCAGUUCCGGCUCUUCAAACUCUAGCACUGGACUGAGCAAGAGUGCAAAGAACACCAUCAUCGGUGUUGUUGUCGGUGUGGGCGGUGCAAUUCUCCUUGCCGGUGUUGCUUUUGUGGCAUGGAGGGUUUGGGGACGCAACCGACACACUGACAAUGACGAGGACGACCUGAUGAAUGCCGGCACUGCUGUUGGUUCCAAUCUUCGUGAAAAGGCUCCUAGCCCAGCUUCUAGCGGCACUCCAUUCCGGUCUACUCUCGACCAAUACCACAAUCCUGGACCGGUCAACGCUGCUUCUAAUUUUUAA